UCCUGGUGAUAGGUAUUCACUUUGUACUUCACAGCUUGGAAUUAAUUGUUUAUGGUCCCUUGCAUGGUUAGAUAGUUUGAUAAAGUUACCUUGAUAGUUUUAAAUCAUAGCCUCACCAAUUCGUUAGAUGGCUAAAUGCAGGCUAUGUCUUCUAAUGUAGGCUACUGAAAGUUAAUUUUAAAAACACUCAUUAGAGACACUUAUUUACUUGUUCAAAUUCCUUUUAAUACAUGCGUAUGAAUACUCACUUUUUAUUAUGUAGGCUAGUCUAUGCUAACCUAUCAUACACAAAACCUACAGUAUGGGCUACACCUACAUGAAUGAUCACUUGUCGAAAGCCCAGCGAAGCGAAACUUUCGUUUCUCCAGUAAUGCGUCAUCAGUUCAGCAUGGGAUAAGCGUAUUUAAAGCAUCCGAUUCAUGCAUUUCCGUCUUGCGUAGCUGGUCUCGUUUAGAGAGUUACCUCUCACGGAUUGAUGCUCAUUGCGAUCAAUUGCAAGGGCACAUCAAGAUAGAGGCACUGAAAGCACCAGUUUGAUCAUAUUAAGUAGAGCACAAGACUACAAUCUACAAACAAAUUACAGGAUGGCGGCCGGACAGUUGUCUCAGGCGAUUAAUCAAAUCUCAGAGGAGCUCAGCUUGGACGAGUGCCGGAGGCUACUGUACUUGUGCGGAGACCUGCACCCGCACUGGUCUGUGGAGGAUGUGAGAGGGAUGUUCAGGCUUAAAAUGAACUGCCAGGAGGUGGACCAGAUGUUUCUGCUGGAACUCAUGCUUCGGCUGAGGCGGUUUGACAUUUUGAGGAAGGUGCUGCGGACAAACAGACAGGAAGCUGAGGCAAUGUUAGGAAGGGGACACGUUGUUUCGGAAUACAGAGUGCUGAUGUCUGACAUAAGUCAAAACAUGGGUAAAAAGGACUUGAGCUCCGUCAUAUUCUUACUCAGUGGCAAGGUGCCCAGAGGACAGUUGGAAAAAGCUACAAGUUUCCUGGAUGUGGUGGUGGAGUUGGAAAUGCUAGACAAGGUUUCCAGCGACAAGGUGGAUCUAAUAUACGAAUGUCUAAGAACUGUCCGCAGGCUGGACUUAGCAAAGAAGGUGCAGCUGUACCAGAUGAGAGAUGGGGGUGAAAUGCCGCAGCUAAGUUAUACUGUCAAAAGAUCAGUGGAAAAACAGCAGUGUCUGAGGAAGAUUCCGUGCUAUGCAUUGUUCCCACCUCAACCCCCCACUUCUUCUUCUGCCACGUGCCAUUGGUCACCUAAACCCCAAGCUCCAGGGAACAUUACAUUUGCAGUGCCUGAAACUGGAAGACAAUUUUGUCAGGCCCCUGUGGAGGCUUACAGGAUGCGGGCGGAGCCCCGGGGUGUCUGCCUGAUCAUAGACUGCGUGGGAAGUGAUGGCGACAUGCUGGAGCAGACGUUCAGGCAGCUGCACUUCAGGGUCAUCCUGCAUAAGUGGCUGAGUGUGGGAGAGACCCUGUCCGUCCUGCGGGAGGUGUCCAGAUCGGGGGAGCACCGGGGGGCCGACGCCUUUGUCUGCUGCGUCCUCAGCCGGGCCACGCCCACCGGCCUGCUGGCCACCGGGUGCCAGGGCCCGGGGCUGAGCUUCGACGCCGUCAGGCAGCUCUUCACCACGGAGGCCUGCCCCUGGCUGGCAGGGAAGCCCAAGCUCUUCUUCAUCCAGAGCUAUGGCCUCCCCGGGCCCCACGGCUGCUCCGGGUUCAGCGACGAGGACCUGGAGACGGACCAGCCGGCCGAGGCCCUGUGCGCGGAGACUGUCCCUGAGGACGCCGACGUGGUGUGGAGCCUGUGUAGGACAGACGCGCAACAGCUGGAGAACAGCACACACCGCUCUGUGUAUGUGCAGUCACUGAGCAGCGCCCUGCUGAAAGGACAAAGCAGGGGGAUGCACCUUGUGGACAUCCACACAGAAGUGAACAGAGUAAUGUAUGACCAUAACCAGAAGCAUCAGCGAGAAACGUAUCACAUAAGCUUGCGACACACACUGAGGAAGAACCUCUUUAUAUGAAACUGGAUUCACAAAGCGGACUGGAUUUACAAAGACACACAUGUAAUACAAACGGCUCCGGACUAGGGAGUAGACAAUUUGCAGAGAAUCAGGAGAUGCACAGAUACGGAGAGACAGGUGCGAACACUUCGCUGAAACUAAGCAAGUAAUCAGUGAUAGAAUAGGGAGGCGGAGUUACAGAACAGAAUUGAAACUGGAGAUGCGUUAGUAAGUUAGUUAAGUGAUUUAAAUUACAAAUACCCAAAACUAGUGAAUGUUAGGCAACGGGGGCAACGGGGGUCUCGGAGGGUUCUCGCAGGGAACAAGGGGUCUUGGAGGGUUAUCGGGGGGAACAUGGGGUCUCAGGCGAGCACGGGCCCUGGGUCUCUUUCUUCUUGACCUGGAGGGGUCUGGAGCCCAAGUCAGCGCAUGGGCCGGGGCCAGAGCCUGGGACUGGGCCAGACAUGGUGCAGGGGUCAGACGAACGGAGCGGAACGGGGCUUCUCCGGGCAUAAGAGGCUCGGGGGCCCGAGACGGGCAGUCCUCGGGCAGACGGGGCUCGGAACCCGGAGACAGGUACUGGGGUAGAAGUGGAAGCUGGAACUGGUGUGGUUCUGGAAGCUGGGUCAGGAGUGGAGGGUAGGUUAUUGAUAAGAAAGGAAAUUGGAUAUGGCCGGGUCCAAGGAGCUUGGCCUGGAUCGCUGUGAGUUGGGCAGUGAUCUGCUCCAGCCUCCACAUGCGGGCCAAGUGAAUGGAAGAGUCGUGCGCCAUAUCCCAGGGGGUGGGGUCCGCUGGUUCCAUGUUGGCUAGUUCGUUCUGUUAUGCCGGGGGGAACAGAAGAACCAAAAGCAGGCAGGACCGGAAAUCCAAUAAACAAAUUACAAGAAUAAUGAUAAUAACGAAUAUAACGACUAACAGACAGAACACAGGAACAUAACACAGAAUUUUCAUGACGAGUGGAAAACGUUUUGAAGUUUCUCGAAAACAACACUAAAUCGGACACAAAGUUUGCCCAGUUUGCAUGAAACCUGGUAUAAAAACUGUAUUUUCUUAGAAGAUUCCCUGACACAGCAAUAUUCUCUCUUAUAUGUUAUCUUUUUAUAUAGUAAGAUAUUUAAUAAUUUCAUUCUAUGGAAGCAUAUGCUACUUUAUUAUAUACUAAGAAUACUUAAUAAUAAAAUGUAAAUGGAAUUUUAUUCAUUGCAUUAAAAUAUUUUAAAUAAA